AUGAAGUUACUGAUAGUUCUUACACUUUUCUGUUUCCUGGGAAAUGCUUUUUCAAAUGAUGCUAUCCCCACAACUAAGCACUACAUAGUCUACAUGGGGGAUCACUCUCAAAUGAACUCGCAGUCCGUAAUCUCAUCAAGACAUGAUAUGCUUGCAUCCGUUACUGGCAGUGUUCAUCUAGCUAAAGAAGCAGUGGUUCACCAUUACAGUAAAAGCUUCAGAGGUUUCUCAGCAAUGCUAACUGAAGAACAAGCUCAGCAACUUUCUACGAAAGAAUCAGUUAUUUCUGUUUUUGAGAGUAAGACAAAUCGUCUCCAUACUACUCAUUCUUGGGAAUUCCUAGGAGUUGAAGGUAGUAGCCAACACAAUAAACCGACAACUGGGUAUGAAUAUGAUGUGAUUGUUGGCGUUAUUGACUCAGGAGUUUGGCCUGAGUCAGAGAGCUUUAACGAUGAAGGACUAGGGCCUGUUCCUAAGAGAUUCAAGGGAGAAUGUAUUGUUGCCGAUCAUUUUACCCAUAAAAACUGCAACAGGAAAAUUAUCGGUGCUCGAUUCUACUCAAAAGGGUAUGAAGCAGAAAACGGACCACUAGAAUCAUUCAACGCAACUUUCUUCCGCUCUCCUCGUGAUAGCGAUGGUCAUGGAACUCACACUGCAUCAACAGUUGCUGGAUCAGUAGUCAAUAAUGUGAGCUUAUUUGGCAUGGCUAGUGGGACUGCAAGAGGUGGUAUGCCUAGUGCAAGACUUGCUAUUUACAAAGCAUGUUGGUUCGGCUUCUGCAGUGAUGCUGACCUUCUUUUGGCUUUUGAUGAUGCCAUUCAUGACGGAGUCGAUAUCAUUUCUCUUUCUCUUGGUCCUGAUUUUCCACAACCCAGCUUCUUUACAGAUGUGAACUCCAUUGGUUCUUUCCAUGCACUCCAGAAAGGAAUUCUUGUUUCUGCUUCAGCUGGAAAUGCAGGACUUCCUAGUACUGCAACUAAUGUUGCUCCGUGGAUUCUCACAGUCGCUGCGAGUUCCAUUGACCGGGAUUUGUUCUCAAAUGUUUAUCUUGGAAAUUCAAAGAUAUUGCAGGGGACUUCACUUAACCCGCUGAAAAUGGAUAAAUAUUACGGCAUUAUAUCAGCAACUUCUGCAGCUGCAACUGGCGUACCACCGGAAAACGCUAGCUUCUGCACCAAAAACACUCUUGAUCAUGAAUUGAUUAAGGGAAAGAUAGUGGUAUGCACAAUUGAAACGGCCACCGAUAACAGGAGAGAAAAAGGCAUUGCUGUAAGAGAUGGAGGUGGUGUUGGGAUGAUUCUUAUUGAUCCACUUCUAAUAGAUGUCGGCUUUCAGUUUGUAAUUCCUGCAGCUCUUUUUGGUCAGAAUGAAGCUCUAGUUCUUCAAGAAUAUUUAUCCACAGAGAAGUAUCCAACUGGAAAAAUUAUCCCGACGACGACUGUGUUUAAAACUAGUCCUGCCCCAGCAAUGGCCGUGUUUUCUUCAAUGGGGCUUAAUGUGAUCACUCCUGACAUUCUCAAACCUGAUAUUACAGCACCUGGUGUGAACAUAUUGGCAGCAUGGUCUCCUGUAGCAACUGACGGAGCUGGCGGUCGAUCCGUUGACUACAACAUCAUUUCAGGUACCUCCAUGUCUUGCCCACACAUUUCUGCAGUUGCUGCUGUUAUAAAAAGUUGCCACCCUUCUUGGAGUCCUGCUGCUAUAAAAUCUGCGAUUAUGACAACCGCAUCUGUGAUGAAUAGUACUUUAAAACCAAUAUUAAGAGAUCCAAUUGGUUCCCCAACAACGCCAUUCGACUUCGGGUGCGGGCACGUCAAUCCUGUUGCUGCACUGGAUCCUGGACUGAUCUAUGACUAUGGUUCCAACGACAUACUCAAUUUCCUAUGUGGUGCUGGUGCCACUCCUGCAGAAAUCCGAAACUUCACUGGAGCACCAUUCCAUUGCAAUCCAAUUCCUUCGUAUGAUCUCAAUUAUCCAUCAAUUGGUGUAUCUAAUAUGAAUGGAAGUGUAUCGGUUCUCCGAACAGUUACGUACUAUGGUUACGGCCCAACAGUUUUUAAACCCUUUGUGGAGAGUCCGUCCGGCGUGAAAGUCACAGUGACACCACAUAAACUCAAGUUCAAAGAAACUGGUGAAAAAAUGUCAUUCAGGGUUCGUUUCAUGCCUUACAAGAGCAGUAACGGAAGUUUCGUUUUCGGAUCCAUUACUUGGAGCGAUGGCAUAUACCAUGUUAGAAGUCCCAUCGGACUUAAUGUGAUUUCAGUUUAG